AUGUAUCAGAAUGACAGAUAUACCGGUAGUCCAAUAGUAAAUGAAACUAAAAUUGGUAUCAGAAUGCAUCAGAAUGACAGAUAUACUGGUAGUCCAAUAGUAAACGAAACUAAAAUUGGUAACAGAAUGUAUCAGAAUGACAGAUAUACCAGUAGUCCAAUAGUAAAUGAAACUAAAAUUGGUAUCAGAAUGCAUCAGAAUGACAGAUAUACCGGUAGUCCAAUAGUAAAUGAAACUAAAAUUGGUAACAGAAUGUAUCAGAAUGACAGAUAUACCAGUAGUCCAAUAGUAAAUGAAACUAUAAUUGGUAACAGAAUGUAUCAGAAUGACAGAUAUACCGGUAGUCCAAUAGUAAAUGAAACUAAAAUUGGUAUCAGAAUGUAUCAGAAUGACAGAUAUACCGGUAGUCCAAUAGUAAAUGAAACUAAAAUUGGUAACAGAAUGCAUCAGAAUGACAGAUAUACCGGUAGUCCAAUAGUAAACGAAACUAAAAUUGGUAACAGAAUGUAUCAGAAUGACAGAUAUACCGGUAGUCCAAUAGUAAAUGAAACUAAAAUUGGUAACAGAAUGUAUCAGAAUGACAGAUAUACCGGUAGUCCAAUAGUAAAUGAAACUAAAAUUGGUAACAGAAUGUAUCAGAAUGACAGAUAUACCGGUAGUCCAAUAGUAAACGAAACUAAAAUUGGUAUCAGAAUGCAUCAGAAUGACAGAUAUACCGGUAGUCCAAUAGUAAAUGAAACUAAAAUUGGUAUCAGAAUGUAUCAGAAUGACAGAUAUACCGGUAGUCCAAUAGUACCGGCAUCAAUGUAUCUGAUGUGUGACCGUAUGGUAAUGAACUGCUCUACUAUACUGAGUAUAAAAUAA